AUGACGCCUGGGCCGGACCCGCUGGUCUGCGGCCAGGCGCUGCUCACCUCGCUCGUCUACGUCGGCUUUCGGCUGGUCGAACACACGACUGUCGGGCACCAACAGGGUCACUACUACCGCCACAUGACCCGCUCUGGCCACAUGGCGGCGCUGCUGGGCACCAGACGCUGCAUUGACUCGCGAGUCAAGCUGGAAUGCGAGCGGGAACACCAGGAGCAGUUACUGCUGAGCGUCAUCCCGGCCUACAUCGCGGCCGAGGUCAAGCGAGCCAUCAUGCUGAAAAUGGCCGAUGUGCGCGUCGAGAAGUCGGCCAAGAAGCAGUUCCACGACCUGCACGUGCAGCGGCACAACAACGUCAGCAUUUUGUACGCGGACAUCGUGAACUUCACACCACUUUCGGAACAGCUCAGCGCCAGUGAUCUGGUGCUGACCCUCAACGAGAUGUUCGGCAGGUUCGACCAGAUCGCCCAGGAGAACCAGUGCAUGCGGAUCAAGAUCCUGGGCGACUGCUACUAUUGCGUGUCGGGCUUACCGGUGUCACGACCCUGCCAUGCCAAGAACUGCGUCAGCAUGGGACUGCAGAUGAUCGACGCCAUACGCACUGUGCGGGAAGCGACCGGCUUCAACGUGGACAUGCGCAUCGGCGUCCACUCAGGAAACGUCCUGUGCGGCGUGCUCGGCCUGCGCAAGUGGCAGUACGAUGUCUGGAGCGAUGACGUCACACUCGCCAACCACAUGGAGUCGGGCGGCGUGCCGGGGCGCGUGCAUAUCACCUUGGCAACGUUGAACCAACUGGACGGCGCCUACGAGGUGGAACCGGGCGAUGGCCAUCUUCGCGACUGGUACAUCGCUGAGACGCACGUCCGCACGUACCUGAUCGUCCCACCUCAGAAGCCGACCCAGCCGAGCGCCGCGUGCCACAAGAUGGCCGCCGUAAGGAAACGGAAGUACGUGGAGUGCUGGGGUGCGGACAAACCGUUCGCCAACAUUAACGAGACGGCACUAGCCGCCAACAUCGGCCUCGCGAGCAUGUCGUCGGUGGAGGCGAACCUGUUCCCCCUGGGCAUGUCAACCAUCGAUUGCAGGCAGUGCUGGAGCUCGGAGGAGCUGAACCCGGUGGCGCUCUGGUUCAAAGACGGUCACCGAGAGCUGGAGUACCACCAGCAGAGUGACCCUUUGUUCAAGCACCACGUAACGUGCGCCUUGCUUCUGUUCACGGCCACCUGUUGCAUUCAACUGGACGAGUGUGCCAGGUCUCUGCUGGCUUACUGCACCUUCUCUGUCACGUUCGCGGUCCUGGCGCUGGCGCGGCUAGUACUCAGCCUACAACCUGAUCGAGCCGGCGUGACCGCCACGCCAUCUGUCCGUGGCAAACCGAUACUAAGUGUCGGCCUACAGACGGCGCUGGUCGUCGCCGCCUCACUCCUGGCCGCCGCGUCAGCCGUUGUUACCAUGAUGGAUGACAUAGAUCCAAGCGUGUUGCCGGUGUCGCUGGCGACCAUCAACGCCAGCAACACGGUACUGCUGCCGCCUGUUGACAUUUUACGCCGGGGAGAGUGCUCACUGCUCGCCACCCUGCUCUCCCUGUUCAUCACGCUGGUCUUCCUGCGCGCUAACUUCCUACUGAAGCUGGCGCUGAUGCUGCUCAGCUGCAUGGCGCACCUGCUGGUGCUGUGCCAGACGACUGCCGGAGGAGGUUGGCCGUUCCAUCUGCUGCAGCUGGUGGCCGCCUGCAGCCUACUGCACGCGCUGGACCGGCAGGCCGAGCGGAACGCCCGCGCAGACUUCCUCUGGCGCAGCAAGCAGCGCUGCGAGCAGGAGGAUGUGGAAACCAUGCGCGGCAUCAACAAGGUGCUGCUGGAGAACAUUCUGCCGCACCACGUCGCUUCCCACUUCCUCAGCAGCAAGGGAAUGGAGGGCCUGUAUCACGAGCGGUACAGCUCUGUGGCCGUCAUGUUCGCAUCCAUACCCAACUACCGCGAGUUCUACGAUGAAACGGACGUUAAUAAACAGGGACUGGAGUGCCUGCGCUUGCUCAACGAGAUCAUCUGUGACUUUGACAAGCUCCUGCUCAAGCCGAAAUACAGCACUGUGGAGAAAAUUAAAACAAUCGGCAGCACGUACAUGGCGUCGUCCGGCCUGCAGCCUGGCAAGGAGGAGGAUAAAGCGCGCCAGGAGCACAACGUCAUCACGCUGGUGGAGUUCGCCACGUCACUGAUGGGCGCCCUGGACGUUAUCAACCGCGAGAGUUUCCAGAACUUCAAACUCAGGACCGGCAUUGAUCAGGGCGCCGUGAUAGCCGGCGUGGUGGGCGCCACCAAACCCCAGUACGACAUCUGGGGCGACACCGUCAACGUAGCCAGCCGCAUGGACAGCUGCGGAGUCACUGGGCGGAUACAGGUCACGGCACGGACUGCUCAGAUCCUGCUGGAGGCGGGCUACAAGCUCGACUGCAGGGGGCCCAUCCAGGUGAAAGGAAAAGGCUCUCUGGUCACCUACCUGGUUCGCACCUUUUACGACCCAAGCUUCCCGCCGCUGCCACCGGCGGAGCCACCGGCUGCACUACCAACAGCUGUGCCGGACCUGACAGUGGUGACUUCGGAGAGGACACUGGAAGCCCCGAAGCCAGCAAACGGGUCUCCAAACCUGACACCAUUAAGUCCAGAUGUGACCGGGAGGACCCCAGACCUGAGGAAGUGGAGUCCAGAUCUGACGGUGCCGAGUCCAGAUCUGACGGCGCAGGGUCCAGAUCUGACGGCGCAAGGUUCAGAUCUGACGGCGCAAGGUCCAGACCUGACGACGCAUGGUCCAGAUCUGACGACGCAGGGUCCAGAUCUGAUGGUGCCGAGUCCAGAUCUCACGGCGCAGGGUCCAGAUCUGACGGCGCAAGGUCCAGACCUGACGACGCAGGGUCCAGAUCUGACGACUGGCACUCCGUGCUCGGAAGCAAGGUCUCCACUCCGCUCGAUGGUGUCGGUGGCCUCAAACUCACCGACAAUAGAGAAGCCCAGCACCCUAUCGUCGCCGAAGCCGGCUCCACCGCCAUCGGCUACGGUACUGAUGACAGCAACGCUGGCGAUGAACGGCGCCGUGCGCUGCCAAAUAGUGCCGAGCUCGGCCGCGGGGCAGCAACCCCGUCGCGGCUCGCGGCCGGUCAGCUGACAGCAGGAGAGACGUGAGACGCUUGUCUGAGUCGCGCGCGCCCGUGGGGGCCGCCAUACCGCUGCGGCUGGAGUUCGCCCAGGCAUCUGGGCCACCAGAGCAGCCAAGGCGUGGCUUCUUCAAACGAGCGCAAAAGCACUUCGGGAUUUUUGUACUGCUAAAAAAUGGAGAAAGUGGGGUAGGAAAAUAGAUUGGUAGUGUGGAUGUCCUGUACCUUUCUGUCAGUCGGUCAAUGCUGAAAUCCACUUACAUAUGAUUGCAUUAUUAUAAGCGGCAAAGAAAUCUACUUUAUGUAGUGUGAUUAUAUAUAUAGUGUGAUUUCGUGGCACAAUUUUGGAUUUAUUUACGACUGCAGACCAACAUUCUACGGUCUGGUCUGCGGUCGUUGUUCUGUACCUGCGACAUGCGCCGUGAAAAACCUUAUUGCGCUCCAUAACAUUUUUUGCAUGAAAGACAUUAAUGUAACAAUGCUGCCGAUUAUCAAUGAGAUCGUCAUUUUGGUGUCUGGAAAUGGGCAACAAAUUUUGUGUGGACAGUUAUGUAGAAUUCCGUGAAAGGAUAUGCAAAGAAGACCGCUUCAUAUAUCCGUGAUUCAGUUGGUAGUUGUGAUUGGGGCACAAUUCAUGACUUCAGCCCAUAUCGCAGGUUCUCCGCCAACGUCGUGACGAGUUUUCAUGCUUUCCACAUGAUGCUGUUGGACCGUGAUUGUGUAGCUCUACCGUAAUGAGUGUCCAAUUAUUGGAUGUCCAAAACUGAUGCUCGAUGUUCCAUGCUGUCAGAUCGAAAAAUCCUCUUCGUUGUGUAGGAUGCCUCCGAUAAAGGUGCCCUAUUAAGUGUCAAUCCUGGAUGUGGGGAUCAGUGUACGGUCGAAUCCCUCCCACUUGGAAUCCAGGGCAUCGGAGCUUUGUGAACGAUGAGCAGUUCACAGCGAAAUCAUCGAAUGUCAAUGUGUUCAAAUACAGACUGGCGUCGCUCC